UUAAAGUUGUUUAAAGCCAUACACAAAGUCUCCAGAGGCUGGUUGCUUGCAAAGAAAAGAUGCAGAUUUUCGUGAAGACUUUGACUGGUAAGACCAUCACCUUGGAGGUGGAAUCUUCCGAUACCAUUGACAAUGUCAAAAGCAAAAUCCAAGAUAAAGAAGGUAUUCCACCUGACCAGCAACGUUUGAUUUUCGCCGGCAAGCAAUUGGAAGAUGGCCGUACCUUGUCCGACUAUAACAUCCAGAAGGAGUCUACUCUCCAUUUGGUCUUGCGUCUCCGUGGUGGUAUCAUUGAGCCCUCUCUGAAGGCUUUGGCCAGCAAGCACAACUGCGAAAAGCAAAUUUGCCGUAAGUGCUAUGCUCGUCUCCCUCCCCGUGCCACCAACUGCCGUAAGAAGAAAUGCGGACAUACCAAUCAACUUCGUCCCAAGAAGAAGUUGAAGUAAACGCAUUGCAUGGCUGGCAUCGCUUGCUUACUUUACGGCUUUGGACAAACAAGCUCGAGUUUUUCACUCUUGCGUUUGUCUGAAUAUCGUUGCUCCUGCACGACUGCCCCUGGAGGCAUUGUUUUGACAGACAUAAAAGUGCACGGUUGUAGCAAGCUUUUCUCAAAAAUAAUAGAAUAUCUUUAUGGCUGGAAUUCGUUCAUCUACCUUUGUAAUUCGUUGUUCGACCACGUUUUGUUGAAUAGAAUUCUUUUCUUUUUCUGUUAUUUCUAUCCAAUAAUGAUUUCAAUACGUUUAUUCACACUG